AUGGUCGCCGCCUGGAAAGCCGCUGGUCUCAGCUACAACCGUUACAUGGCCGUCGCCGCCCGUGUCGUCCGCCGCUCGCUCAAGGAGGACAAGAGAUUGGCUGCCGAGCGCAGAGGAGAGAUGGACUUGAGAUUCGCCAAGUGGGAGAACGGCAAGCAGGGUGAGAGCAAGAACCUCGCCGCUGCCCUCGCAGAGUCCACCCCCGCCGCCCAGUCCUCGUAA